ACCAGCACGAGGCCACCGCUCUCUUCUCUUCAUAACCACUCCCACACACCUCACUGCGCUCGCAUCCCCUCGACAUCUCAUCGCACACCAUGGGCCGCUGGUCUCAAUUCGACGGAGACUCGACUCGACUCCCAGUGGGCAUCACCCGCAUCGCGUACGACGCAGACACCACCCGGUACAUGUUCCAAGACACGCACGGCCGCCGCUACAUCGGUGCUCCCGGCGAGGAAUACGGCGUGAUGGUCCCCAUCACCGCCGCCGACGCCCUCGCUCCGCUGGGCAGCAAAGUGUCGGGCAAGCACACCGCUAAGCCCGCAUACGACAGGCCCGCCCUCUUCGCGGGCGACGCUCCCGCCGGCUCCCCGCUCAACUCGGAGUUUAGCUCCGACGACGACGAUGACGUCGCCACAAAGCCCCCUCCGCCCGCGCGCCGCGCGCACGGACACACGCGCUCCCCCAGCGCGCCCUCCACCUUCGCCGACAUCCUCCCGCCCAGCCUCAUCGCCCCCGCCCCGCCGCCCCCGCCGCCGUCCUCUUCGCACCUCCCCCCGUCGCCGUUCCGCGCCGGCAAGUCCCGCCGCGCCGCCUCCACAGGUGACGCCGACGCCGCCCCCAACCCCAACGCCACCCCCGCGCGCGGCGAGCCCGAGAAGGAGCGCACGUGGGCCUCGCGCCACCCGUCCAUGCGCCUCCCGAGCAAGGCCAUCGGCCGCACGUUGACCGCCGUCCGCCGCCACCGCGAGGAGCGCGUCAGGAAGGAGGAGUACAGGCGCUUGGGCGCGGAGGGUGAGAAGAACGGCUGGUGAGCGCGCGCGUCGGUCCGCGUCGGUCCCGGUCCGUGCACUGGAUAGGAAUUGUGUAUUUCGUGUUAUUUCACAUCAUGUGUGUACAGUACGGUGACUUGUAGGAAGUGUUAUGGAAAUAGGCGCAGAGCUAAGAGAAUAGAAUCCGAUGAGAGGG